AUGCCGACCGGCAGGAGCAAGAAGAAGAGGCCGAAGAAGGAGGUGAACGACGGAGAGGAGCCGGGAGAAGUGGGUGUGGAGGUGGAGAUGGAGGAGCUGACCUCCAGGAGUCGCUCUGACAGCAGAGACCUUCUGACCCCGGAGCCUCAGGAGCCAGCACCACAGAAGAAGAAGAAGAAGAAGAAGGCGCUGACCAUCGACCUGGAAGCAGAAGACGUUCCAAACGGAGACAUGGUGGAGUCGCCCGUGGACGGAGAGGAGACGACUGCUGCUGUGACCAGGAAGACCAAGAGGAAAAGGAAGCCGAAGGCGACGGAGAACUACGCCGACGACCUCGGAGCCGAAGACGAUGACAUCAUCACAGACGCCCAGUCUCCCAUCCCCCAGCAUUCCCUGUUCUCCGCCCCCCACAGCCACAGCCAGCCGCUCGGCAAAGUCUUCGUGGAGCGGAACCGGCGCUUCCAGGCGGAGCGGGUGGAGCAGUUCCGACACCCGGAGCUGAUGGACGACUACACGGACCCCCGACAGUUCUGGACCACCAGAGACGUGGCUCUGAGGGUCCACAGCGGCUUCAGGGUGAUGGGCCUGUUCUCUCACGGCUUCCUGGCGGGCUACGCCGUGUGGAACGUCAUCGUCGUGUACGUGUUGGCGGGCGAGCAGAUGACCACGCUGCCCAACCUGCUGCAGCAGUACCACGCCCUGGCCUACCCCGCCCAGUCGCUGCUCUACCUGCUGCUCGCCAUCAGCACCGUGUCGGCGUUCGAUAGAGUGAACCUGGCCAAGGCCUCCAUGGCUCUGAGAGGAUUCCUCACACUCGACCCUGCUGCUCUGGCCUCGUUCUUAUACUUUAUCGCCCUGAUCCUGUCCCUCAGUCAACAGAUGACCAGCGACCGUAUCAACCUUUAUCCUUCAGCCAACGAGACUCUGUGGCCUCCAGGUUCAGAGGAGCAGAUCCUGCGGCCGUGGAUCGUGGUGAACCUGGUGGUGGCGCUGUUGGUGGGCUUGGCCUGGGCCGUCAUCUCCACACGACCGGAUAUCGACUACACAGAAGAGUUCCUGAUGACCAUGGAGGUGGAGAGUUCCUCGAGAGGAGAGGAGAACUUGGACGUUUCUGCCUGA